AUCAGCGUUUUUCCUCGGUGGUGCUUACUUCAGCAAGCAGGAUCAACUCAGACCUAUUGUAACAUCAUCUGUAUUUAGACUGUAGCCUGUGUUUACACACAAUCUCUCACUGCACUGGCUGGCCAGAGAAUUUUUGGCGGCACGAAGACGGAAUCGCAAGGAGUGUAUUACUCUUAAAUAUGGCGUCGAAAGGCGAAAGUUCAGGUGACCACAAAAGAGAAGUAAAAAGUGCUACAGGCAUGAAAACCUACAGGUGCAAGGACUGCAGCAAGCCAUUCAGUCAGCAGGGUGCUCUGAAGGUUCAUAUGCGGACUCACACUGGGGAGAAACCCUACAGGUGUGAGGAGUGCAGCAAACCAUUCAGUCAACGGGGUGCUCUAAAGAUGCAUAUGCGGACUCACACUGGUGAAAAACCCUACACAUGUGAGGAGUGCAGCAGGCAAUUCAAUGGCCUGGGUCAUCUAAAAAGGCACAUGCUUACUCACACUGGUGAAAAACCCUACACAUGUGAGGAGUGCAGCAGGCAGUUCAAUGACCUUGGUCAUCUGAAAAGACAUAUGCAAACUCACACAGGGGAGAAACCCUACAGGUGUGAGGAGUGUGGCAAACAGUGUAGUAGGCUGGAUCAUCUGAAGAAUCAUAUUCGGACUCACACAGGAGAGAAACCGUACAGUUGUGAGGAGUGUCACAGGCAGUUCAGUGACCCGAGUCAUCUGAAAAGACACAGGCGGACUCACACUGGGUCAGAAACACUACCACCAUGAAAAAUGUUUAGUCAGCUGGAUAACUUGAAGAUUUGCAUGGUUUAGUGAACAUUACGCAUGUGAAGUAAGAUCUCUGAGUCUUAAGGUUCUUGGAGUAUUGAUCAGUAUUUAGUAACUCUUCCAGACAUUUGGAUGGAUGUCAGUGAAUAGAAAAAAUAAUUAUAAGAAUUUUUUUAGGCCACACCACUUUUAUUUGUUGCUUCUCAGAUUCUGCUGUCCUAUUUUUCCCAAUUUGAAAAAAAAAAUUAGCCACACCUCCCGUUGACAAAUUUUCACAAAUAAACUAUGGGGGUCUUUACGUGGUUAUUUUGAACGGUACAUUUAAUUUUUUUUCAAAAUUGGGGCUUUGCUAAUUAGGGACCACCCUAGAUAUUGAUUUGUUGCAUAAAAUGUGCCAAGGAAAUAUAAAAAUUUCUUAUUUGUUAAAUCUGUUGUUAUGUACAAAUGUACAUGUAUGUUGUGCAACUUGAGUAAGCACCUUGAUCUCCUCACCUGACUUUUUGCCCCAAAAAAUUCUAAUUAUUUUUUCAACCUGCCGGUCCAAUUUUUUUGUAAAAAUCCGAGAAGCAACAAAUUAAAUUGGUGUGGCCUUAUAUUUGAAAAAAAAGAAGACCAGACAACAGUGAUCUUUUAGGCCACCAAGUGAGGUAGACUAAAAGUUAGCUCGCACUCUCUGUAUAGUACAGGUACAAAGUAAAGAGGAAUUCAGAAUUUUCUGUUUAGACCUUGUGUUGUUGACCUUGCUGUUAAAAUGUUAACAGGACGUUAUGUCUGGAUCUCCUGGACAGAGAAAAAAGACAGUUAACAUGGGCUCAUAAUCAUAUAAGGAACAGAGCAAAAGCCACCUUUGUUUUUGUUGAGGAAUUGAGAAUUUUUCUGUUCAGACCUUGUGUUGUUGACCUUGCUGUUAAAAUGUUAACGUUAUAUAUAAAUAACAGGAAGUUAUGUCAAUCUCCAGGACAGAGAAAAAAGACAAUAAACAUGGACUCAUAUAAGGAAAAGAGCAAAAGCCACCUUCUUUUAUUUGUUUUUGUGGAGGAAACAUUUCCUUGAUUUCGGCUUUCUGAGUCCAUACUGCAUUUCACAAUGCAUCAUUCAUUCUAGUUGUCACAUGCAUGUUACUAUACUGGCAUUCUAUGUUAAAGUUGGUUAUCAAAACUUAGUGUUGAGUUUGUUUACAUCGAGGAGAAAACCUCCUGGUUUGUUUAAAAAACGUUAAUUGUUGGUAGGUUUCAAAUUUUGUACUUACUUGGCCUUGAUUAUAGCUCUUUUUUCUUGUAAAGAAAGUUUGAUAUUUAAGGAAGCAUGUAGGGUGGUUUCUUCAGCAAGAACUUUGUUUUUGGACAUUGCUUUUGUUGGUUAACAUUGUAGCAAGUGACAUCAAAGUUUUCAUUUACCAUGAGAUGUCUCUCAAGGAUAUAUCUACUACAGUACUAGUACGUAAAUGCAGAAUAAUGUACAAGUUUAAUGAUAUUCCUCUGUGGUCAAUCUUCUAUAUAGAGAUUAUACAUGUAAUGCAGUUGACUUGUAAUGCAUGUAUGCAAGAAAUGUAGACUUGCAAAUUGAGUUACACUUAGAACUUAGGAAAAAUUCUAUUAUCUUUGAUUUGAAGCUCUGAGCUACUACAACUAUCACUGUGAGAUAUCUUCUAGAAACACUAUUGUCUAUUCAUGCCAUCUGUAUGUAAAAUUAUGUUACAUGAAUGAUGUAUAUUUGGAGCCAAUGCAUCUUGUUGAAGAAAAGCUUUGAAAUAAAGUCACUGUGAUGCAACUGAACCUUGAUAGUGUAACGUUGCAUUGCAUCAAUGUCCACAGUUUA